AGUCGGAACUGAAUUCCCCCCGCACACGACGUGGGGGGUUGCAUUUUAAUAUUUCCCCAUUUGAACCUGGACUGCGCGGUAGAUUUUCUAUUAACUUUUUAAAUCGUUAUACAUCAGAUAUGUCGGGUAUUCCUCCGGAUUCGUGGCAGCCGCCUGUUGUCAUCCUAGAGACAACAAUGGGCACCAUUGCCGUGGAGCUGUACUGGAAGCACGCCCCUAAAACAUGCAAGAACUUCGCCGAGUUAGCGAGGAGAGGCUAUUACAACGGGACCAAGUUCCACAGGAUAAUCAAGGACUUCAUGAUCCAAGGCGGGGAUCCAAGCGGGACAGGACGAGGUGGCGCAUCUAUAUAUGGGAAGCAGUUUGAAGACGAGUUACACCCAGAAUUGAAAUGUACAGGAGCAGGGAUCUUGGCCAUGGCAAAUGCAGGACCGGACACAAACGGCAGUCAGUUCUUCCUCACUCUGGGCCCUACCCAGUGGCUGGAUGGAAAGCACACUAUCUUCGGGAGGGUGUGCCAGGGGAUCCAUGUGGUGAACCGUGUUGGAAUGGUGGAGACAAACACCCAAGAUCGGCCAGUGGACGAUGUCAAAAUACUAAAGGCAUAUGUACCAAACUGACGACCAGCAGAGCACGAGAACUCGUACGCCAGCAGAGCGGUUUUAGUUUUUUUGUACAGGAAGUUAUUGGUGCCUGAUUUCUGUUAAAUAGUUUUUUUUAAGAGAAUAAAUGUGUUUUUUUU